UAUAAAUACUACUUGAAUUCCUUUCCGAAUGCAUAUGCUCAGCUCCAUUUUCGUCAUCCCAAGCUCUGCUCCGAACUCGUAACAAAGGAUUUGAAAACCCAAUUCAAAGCUGUUGAAACUGCCAAUGGCUCUCCAGGCUUCCUUUCUGGUUUCCUCUUCCUUCUCCAUCCCAAAAGAGGGCAAGUGCAGUGCAUCCUCCAAGGAUUCGAGUCUAUUUGGAGUUUCACUCUCAGAGCUUGUCAAAGCUGACUUCAGCUCUUCUGCAUUAAGGUGUCAGAGGGAAUUUAAGCAAAGAGUCGGGACGGUUCGUGCUCAGACAGUGACUACAACUCCAGCAGUCAAUAAGACUACACCAGAGGGGAAGAAAACUCUCAGAAAGGGCAGUGUUGUGAUUACUGGUGCCUCCUCUGGAUUGGGUCUGGCCACGGCCAAGGCUCUGGCUGAAACUGGAAAAUGGCACGUAAUUAUGGCAUGUAGGGAUUUUCUGAAGGCCGAAAGAGCUGCUAAAUCAGCUGGCAUUGCCAAGGAAAAUUAUACCAUAAUGCACUUAGACCUUGCCUCACUUGACAGUGUCCGUCAAUUUGUAGAUAACUUCCGGAGGUCCGGCCGGCCACUUGAUGUGUUAGUCUGCAAUGCAGCCGUUUAUUUGCCAACUGCUAAGGAGCCUACAUAUACUGCUGAAGGGUUUGAGCUUAGUGUUGGCACUAACCACCUUGGUCACUUCCUUCUCUCACGGUUACUGCUUGAGGACCUGAACAAAUCUGACUACCCAUCAAAGCGUCUCAUCAUUGUGGGCUCAAUUACUGGGAACACAAAUACCUUGGCUGGAAAUGUACCUCCUAAGGCCAACCUCGGGGAUAUGAGGGGACUUGCAGGGGGCUUAACUGGGCUAAACACUUCGGCCAUGAUUGAUGGUGGAGACUUUGAUGGUGCCAAGGCCUACAAGGACAGCAAAGUCUGCAACAUGCUCACCAUGCAAGAGUUCCACAGGCGCUACCACGAGGAUACAGGCAUAACAUUUGCUUCCCUUUACCCGGGUUGCAUUGCCACAACAGGCUUGUUUAGGGAGCACAUUCCCUUGUUCAGGCUCCUCUUCCCACCAUUCCAGAAAUAUAUCACCAAGGGCUUUGUCUCUGAAGAAGAAUCUGGGAAAAGACUCGCUCAGGUUGUGAGCGAUCCGAGCUUAACAAAGUCUGGUGUUUACUGGAGCUGGAACAAGGAUUCUGCUUCAUUUGAGAACCAGUUAUCUCAAGAAGCUAGCAAUGCAGAUAAGGCUCGGAAAGUGUGGGAAAUCAGUGAGAAACUUGUUGGUUUGGCCUAAUAAAGAACCUUGAGGUCCUUGUCGACUUAACUUUGCUGUGGGGAAGGAUGAUAUCAGAGAGACUGUAUCCAGUCUUGAGUGUGGAGUUUGGACUCGAAGGAUGUGUUGUUGUGAACAAUUUUAUCUUGUAGAAGUAGAUUACUUCUUGCAAUUACCAUAAAAAUCACUCUAGUUGCGAUCA